UGUCAUCUCUAAGCGGGCCAGGAAGCUGUUUGCGUGGGUAGGCUAUUAUUAAGUAGAGGUUAAAUAGAAUGCAAUCAGGAAACACACUCCAUUUUCCUCUCGUUUCAUUUAAGGCAUACAUUCCGCUAUGCGUGAGACGGAUCAUCUUAUAACGGCUUAUCGUUGUCAUGGUUGGUGCUAUGUUAUGGGCAUUAAGCCGAGGGAUAGAGAGAUUCAGUUUUCUGAAGGCAUGGGUACAAAAAUUAAUCGAUCCUCUUGUUCGAUUGGAUAUUAUGCGCGUGCUGUACCAUUGCCUGGUAUUUAUGUUGGUGGUAUGGAUAUACUUGCCAUUGAUUUCGUCCAGAAGGAGGGACCAAUUAUUAUUGGAGCACAUACUUAUAGAUUCUUCGGGCAUUCAAUGUCCGAUCCGGGUACAAGUUAUCGUACACUUGAUUUUGAUUUAGAAAUAUUUUUCCUCAGUUGUUUAUUAAAUACAUAUGUACAUAUUUCAUUAUCAAUUUAGAAAAUAGAUG